UAAAGCUUCCCAAAUCCAGUGCCCAUACCUUCUAUGGCAGGAGCUUUUCUCACCAUUCUUUAAAAUUAGGCAUAUAACCACUACUCAAUCAUGGUGAAUCCGUUAAUCCUUACCAGCCUCUAGCAUUAUUCUAAAACCGCAAACCUCUCCAGCUUUCUUAAACUUCCAGGUUUUCUUUAAAAUACUUUUUCUGAUUCUAAGGUGACUUUGACUGUAAAUAGUAGAAGACAUCUGAAAUUUAACUAUGAUCAGAAAUCCAAAUUACACAAACUUUGUUUGCUGUGCUUUUUGUAAUAAAAUAGUUCCACCAGCCCCUGUUGGAAAAACCUUCAAACAGAUCCAUGAAUACAAACCAUUUAAGACACGCUUUUACACUCACAAAGAUAUACUGGAUAUUGGGGCAAGUAUUCUGAAUGAAAAGGAGCAAUUUCAAGAAGCUGUACUCAGAGAAAGUAUUGCAAAAACAGAAGCUGAAGUAUGGGCUCAGGCGAGUGAAAGCCAGAGAAAAGCAGUGGAGAAAGCACUUGAAGAAGCAAAUGUGAGACACAAAAUUGAAAUUCAGAUUUUAAAAGAAGAACAUCAGCAGGAUUUAGAGGAAAUAAAAGCUAAAACGAAGACAGACUUGUAUCAGAAUAUGAAUGACGAAAUGAAGAGAGAGCACUUGGCUGCGGAACAGCGCAUGGUCCACAGAAUCCAGAGGAUUAUGAUGGAGUGCCACAGGGAGAAGGUGGCAGCUGUGGAGGAAGCCAGGGCUGAAGAACGGCGGAUCGCCCGGGAGGAAAUCGAAGCCCAGAAAAGCAAGGUCAUGGAGGAACUUAUAAGUACUGAUUUGAUGGUUACUAAGCAUCAGAAGUCAAGUGUGGGCCAUGUGAAGAGGGCAAGAGAACAUAAGCUGAGCAUCAGCUAUAGCGUGGCUGAGAGGCAGAGGCAGGAAGAGGUCCAGGAAGGGCUUCAGGAAGCAGAAAAAACACAUCAGGCCACUCUUGACAAUGUGAUGGAAAAACUGGCCAACACCAAGGGGGAGCUGCUGUCCAUAGCCAAACAACUGGGAAUCAUGACAAACUGGAAAGAUUUCCUGGAGGAGGAAUUACAGGAAACCAGGGCAGCAUUUCAAAAAUAUAUCGAUUAUACCUUUCCUAAGCUUUCACCAGGCCAUGCCGACUUUAUUCUGCCAGAAAGAAAGAAAACGCCUUCCAAUCUUGUGAUUAAGGAGAAUGAAACAGCUCUUGAUUAGAAGUCUUCUAUUGGAACCUCACUACCAAAGACAUCAUUCCAAAGACCAAAUAAACGUACUC